AUGCUCCUUGCAGUAACGUUAUUGCUGACGUCGUUAGUUCAGAAAAACACAGGCUUUAAUGAUCAUACAUUCCGCGGCGCUGUAUUCGAAUAUGCACCGUCCGUUCUAAAUCGAACUAAAGUUGUUUCGCGUGCUGAGGCCCUCAAAUAUAUGAGAGGUAAUUUACUAAAAUACAAAGAAAUUGCCGAGGAAGCGUCUCGUAAGCUCGUUGACAUCAUUGUAUUUCCGGAAGACGGUAUAACACAUUAUUGGCACACUCGUCAAUCUGCACGAUCUUAUUUGGAGUUUAUUCCUGAUCCAAAAAAAGAAAAAUGGAAUUCUUGCAACGAUCCCCAUCGGUAUCCAAACACUGAGGUACAACAUUUCCUGAGUUGUCUAGCCAAAAACAACUCUCUUUACCUAGUUGCAAACAUUGGGGACGUUCAACCCUGUAAUCAUAAUAGUACGUCAAAGACGUGUCCAUCGGACGGACAUUUUCAGUAUAAUACAGAUGUUGUUUACGAUGGCAACGGGAUGUUGAUUGCUAAAUAUCACAAAAUUAAUUUAUUUCAUGAACAUAUGUAUGAUCCUUCAACCUCCAAGGAAGUUGUUCAUUUUCAAACACCAUUUGGAACAUUUGCUGUUUUCACAUGUUUUGAUGUCAUGUUCAGAAAUCCGACCGAAAUCUUAUUAAGAGAACAAGGUAUAAGAAACGUAGUUUUUCCGACAGGCUGGAUGGACGUUUUACCUUUCCUUGCUGCCAUAGAAUUCCACUCGGCCGUUGCUGCAGGAUUUGGAGUAAAUUAUCUUGCAGCAAAUUUGCAUAUUCCAGAGUAUCGAUUCCAGGGAAGUGGGAUCUAUUCACCAAACGGAGCUCUCGCAUACUAUUACAACAGUACAGUAUCAAGCAAGGGUAAACUACUGAUUGCAGAUGUACCAAUAUUAGAUAAUCAUCCUCCAUAUCUUCCAAACCAGAAUCGUCCUGUGCCAAACGGUAUGAUGGAUCACAACAUAAGAAAUCCACCAAGUUUUCGAGCAGUCACAAACAGGGAUUUCUACAACUACGUUGCACUUGACAAAGCAACUGACCAUGUUCGAGUUUGUCACAAUAAACUUUGCUGUAUUGCCUACUACACUACUACAAAAAAUUUCACGGAGUUGUUUGCUCUUGCUGCUUAUGAUGGUUUACAUUCCUCGUACUAUAUCCAAGUCUGUGGCAUUGUGAAAUGCAAAACAUAUAACCGGUCGUCAUGUGGAGAAGGAUCUAAAACAUCAACCACGUUCUUUUCUCAUCUUUCGAUUCAAGGAACAUUUACAACGGACUUUGUCUUCCCAGAGAUUCUUCUUUAUGGAAAUGGCAGUUUCCAGUUGUCACCUCCGGGAAAUUGGUCAUACAAUAGUAAGAUGCUCCAAGCACCGAAAGGGUUUGAUAAACCUCUUGUUACCUUUUCCAUGUUUUCUAGAGAUUACAGUCGUGACCGUAUCCGAACCGUUGAUAUCCUCGGAUAACUUGCAAUGAAACUUAUGAUUGCAUGAAACAAAGUAAUUAUAUGAAACUAAACGCUGUAGAAUUAUAACGAGCAAUAAA